AGAAAGAGCCCAAGAUACUUUAGAAAGUAUUCAGCCAUUCCUCUGCAAUGAAACGCAUCGUCUUUGGGCUUCUGUGCGUUUAUGCUGUGUGCGCCCUGCCUCCAUUGACUCCAGAACAAGAGGAACUGGUGAAGCAGCAUGGAUUGAAAGUAUUAUCCUUAUCGAGAAAUAACACUUCAUAUUAUCAUGGCAAACGUGUGGCUCUGAAGCACAAGUAUGUGGGCGCCAAUGGGAACAUACAGAACACCCGGUAUAGCGGUGAGUGGUUGGCAGUGGAGGCCACUACAGCCGUCAGCGAAAGGGGACACUACCUGGCGGCUUUGAUCGCGGCCAGGAUGACCAAACACAUGCCCUCCUCCAUUUUCAGUGCUGUGGCUCGGAAUGCCAAGAUCGCAGUCUUUGCCCAUGGUCAGGAUAUUACUAUUUUCCCAGAAUACGCUGCUGAGAGGGACACGCCUCAAUGCUACAACACUUGUGCUGGUUCUUGUUCAGUGACGUGUACUUUUGACCAUCGUAAAUAUAACACCCUGGCCGGAGUUGGGGGAAACACCUGUUGUAUUUUGGAGGAUAAUAUUCUGUGUAAUGCACGUGAUCCAUAUUUUCACACCAACAAUAUUCUAGUUCACGAAUUUGCUCACACAAUCCACAAAAACCUGCCAUCUUCUAUUAGGAGUCAGGUAAAAUAA